AUGCCUCGCCUCCCCCGCGCCGCACUCCGCGCGUUCCCCACGGCCUCGGUUGCGCCGCGCAAGCCCACUCUCCUCCUCCGUCCCGCGACCGCAUCGCUCCUCUCCCCUGCGCGCCCGACUUCGCUCCUCGCACGCUUCUCCCCCUCGACCCUCGCGGCUGCACCAGCGCCUCUCGCUGCCCGCCUGUCUCCCGUGUUUGGCGAGAUCCAGGCGCGCGGCGGCGCUAUCGGCAUGUCGUACCAGCCCUCCCAGCGCAAGCGUAAGCGCAAGCACGGGUUCCUCGUGCGUUCGCGCACGCGUCUCGGUCGCAAGAUGCUCGCGCGGCGGAGGGCCAAGGGACGCCGCUUCCUCUCGCACUAG